AUGGCCGGUGUCUCAGCGUCCACCGCCGCCAAAGCGCAGCAGACCGUCAAACAAUUAUUCGGCUACAUUGAAGCACAAGGUCAAGGCGAUUAUCUAGGCGAAGCAGUCUCCCAAGUCCAGCACUCGCUACAAUGCGCAACCCUAGCCCAGCAAGCCGGCGCAGACAACGACACCAUCAUCGGCGCCCUCCUGCACGAUGUCGGCCGCUUCAUCCCCGCCGCGGAGAAGGAGGCGUCCAUGGUUGCACCGGACGGGACGUACGUUGGUAAGGCGAGUCAUGAGGUCCUCGGGGAGCGGUAUCUGCGGCAUUUGGGGUUUAGCGAGAAGGUCUGCCAGCUCGUUGGGGCGCAUGUCAUGGCGAAGCGGUAUCUGACUGCUGUUGAUGCGGGCUACUAUGAUGGGCUGAGCAAGAGUAGUAAGAUGACGCUGAAGUUUCAGGGAGGCAUAUUCGACGAGCAGCAAGUCAAAGAAGCACAAAAGGAUCCUUUGCUGCAGGAAAAGCUGCAAGUCCGUCGAUGGGAUGACCUGGCCAAGGAUCCAAACAUGGUUACUCCUUCCUUGAGUGACUUUGAGCAGAUCACAAUCGAGUCGUUGCAGCGAUCGUGGUGUUGA